AAUACCGUGGUAGACACGUCUUGUCAGGUUCCACUUUUAACAGAGAGAAAGUGAUAUACUUGCCCAAUGCGAUUGCUUCUCGGUCCACAUUUCUUGCAACUGCAGACUCCAUUACCAGAACUAACAGAAAACCAAAGAAAUAAUACAUCUGUUUGGGUUUUCUUGGAUUUUAACGACGACCCUUUAUCUGAAUCUUCAUCUUGGUUCCAAAGUGUUUAGCUUUUUGGGUUGAGACUGUGGAGGUAUGGGAAGGUUGUUUGUGCUGAGUCUUGAGGGGAAGAUCUAUAGCUGCAAGCACUGCCGGACCCAUCUUGCUCUUUGUGAAGACAUAGUUUCCAAGUCUUUCCAGUCCAGGCAUGGGAAGGCUUAUCUCUUCAGUAAGGUAUAUGUGAUUAUCAUCUCCAUUUAUGUUCACAGAGUGAACGUAACUUGUGGAGAGACUGAAGAGAGAUUGAUGAUGACCGGGAUGCACACUGUUGCUGACAUUUUCUGUGUUGGAUGUGGAUCAAUAGUGGGGUGGAAAUAUGAGACUGCUCAUGAAAAGGGCCAGAAGUACAAGGAAGGCAAAUCCGUCCUUGAGCGGGUGAAGAUAUCGGGUCCUGAAGGAAACAAUUAUUGGGUCAGUCAUGGAGCGCAUAUCGGUGGCAGCGAUGCAGAUGACGCUUAAUUGAUUAACAUUCAAGACCCUUUCACAUUCAAUUGUACAUUCUCUAAAUCUCAUUGUUCUUCGUCUUUUAAGUCAUGUAAAAUAUCAGACUGUCGAUUUCGUCAUUUUCGGCAAUUCUCUGCACUUGCCUUCAAUAACAUCAUUUGAUUGUUAAUUGUGAUUCAGUUUGUAUUCUACUUUGUUCUUAAUGUUUGUCCUCCGAACUUUCUGACUC